UCUCGAUCGCCAGCCCAGCGUCAUACAGCUCUGUGGCAGUGGCGUACACUUGACCUGCAUUCGGGAGAGUCGGCUUCGUGCAGAUGGGCCACUGAACUUGCGAUCUCGCCCAUGUGCACGUCUCGUCACGCAAGCCACAUUUCGUCUCUUUGGCAGCGCUAAGACUGUAUUGCCUCGAAGAACUCGACGCCUCUAUUGACUUGCCACGAGGGCGUGUAGAUCUCCCGCGCUGGGCGAGGCGCAUUCUGUUCCGAUGACGACGUCGAACAAAGUGAGGCUUGACGGCGCACAGCUCUCUGGCCAAAUGAAAGAAGCUCUUCACGAUAGCGAUACCGUCAGCGAGAGCAGAUCUGCAAUGUCGGGCGAUCCUACAGUAGUACUGCCCUUUGGCAAAGGACGCAACACUCGGACUUCGAGCAAAGAAGCUCCAAUGAAUCUCAGCAGUAAACCGCGCUCAACAUCCUCCUCAUCUUCCUCCUCUCCAAGCGAGCUUGUCGACUUUGAGAGACCAAGAGCGGCCUUCAUGCUCUCUGAGCAGUCUGGCACGGAGAGUCGUCGGAUCUGCAGGAGGCGACUCUCUCAAGAGUCCAUCGAGUCUGCUGGCUCUACAGCCGCUGCUUCCCUCUCUGGCACGCUCUCCAAUAAUGCAGGCGCAAGCUCUAAUAGCUUCGGUUCUCGUCGCUCCUCUAUGCUGUCAAACUUCUCGAGCACGUCGUCAUUGGCAUCUACUGCGCAUUCUACCGCGCCAAGCCUCGGGGCUAGCGCAUCGCAAUCGCCAAAGCUGAGCACACUUGCAGAGAGGAUAAGGAAGGACUCUGGUGCUAGCAGCUUCGUGACGACUACAACGAGCGUUUCGCCACUGCUUUCGGCUCGACCCAGUCCGCCCGGUCUCGCGGGCAUCUCGAUUGAUCAUAGCGCGAUAGCAGAAGACGAAGAUGAAGACGAACAGGAACAGGAGCGUGAGCGAGCAGCGUUUGCAUCAGCACUUGCACUUUUUGGACCGCCACCACCCUAUCCGAGCGGAUUUUUCCAGCCCAAUCGGACUCUAUAUACCAUCAAGUCGCCCUCACAGAUUUCUCUGAGCAGCCGACCACCGCUCCAGAAGCGGCCACCUCACAACAGUCACACAUCGAGUCUAAAGGCACUAUCAGUCUCUACUGUCCGGGCAUCCAGCCAGGAUGGCUCAUCAGACGAUCAUCUCGGCUCACCCAUGGAACAGCAACACAGCAAUGGCGCACUCAGGCGCAACAUCACCGAACCGAUACCCUUGCACGCAUGCUGGUCUACAGCGGCAGAUGAAUACGACGAAGAGGACGAGCCCAAUGCGUCUGCGCCGAGCACACCUGACUCGGUUCGAUCAAACAGCGACGACGACAUACUGGCAGAAGCAAUCAGUCUGACGCACAUGGCACUUCUACAGCCUCAAUUGAUACCAGCUGCCAGUCCUUCUGUACAGUCAAACCAGUCUUUCACGCCCUAUACACCUCCACAAAAGCCACGCGCACCGGAGAGCAUCAUGUCGCACACAAGCACCCUGUCGCGUUUCGGACUGAAGCGGUUUGGCGAUAGGGAGCGCAAGCGACCCAGUCCUAUCGAAAGGGGCAUCUCAUCCAGUUCGAUCAAUUCCCGCAAGAUCUGGCUAGAGAAGCCGUCACAAUCCAUGCACGUCAUCGUGCCGGACUCGCCGACAGAAAUGUAUAGCCCGGCAAAGAGUCAGGAACUCACCCGGCUGGCAGAUAUGUACCGUUCACAUUCUACAGACGAGCGCGCACUCCUGGCAGAGAUUGCUCAGAGUCGCAACAAGGUGUAAUGUAGAAGAUCAGUACCAUUCCGUUUUCGUAUGGACACUCUUUGCGAAGUUCUCUGUCGUUGUAGAUUGCAUAACCAUCCCCUCAAGCUGACUCGAGUCUGCUUGCCACUAUGCGCGCCAAGCCGACAAAAGCAUCUUUGACUAUGCUUGCUGAAGUGCUUAGAACGGUAGGAUGACCAGC